AAUAGUCUUUUACGUAUAUUAUUCCAUUUAGAGUUAUAAAAUUUUAUUUCAAAAUAUUAUCGUUUUAUCCCCAUUACUUUCCUCACCAGGUGACGUCUCGAUACGGGUUGUUUAUCUUCAAUUAUUCUAAGUUUAGGGAGGAUUUGACCCUUUUUUUUAAUCCGAAAAUCAUGUCAAGGCAAGGAAUAAGAGGAACCGAUCCUAAAAAAAUAAUUAUGUGGAAUGAAUGGAAUAGCAAACAAUGCAAAUGAAAAUGGACAUUUCCUCUGCUAUAGGCUAUAGACAACUAAAGGUUCAUUGUGCCUAUUUUUAUUGUAUUCAUAAUCGUACUAAGAGAAAACUUAUGAGGCUGCAGGCUAAGCAUGUGAGAUUAAUUAAAAGAUAUGGUUAAGUUGCAUAAAUAUAUUCAAAAGGAUUUAUUUUUAAAAAAUUUGGAGAGUUCUGAAUUAUUUACAUUAACUUAUGGUGCCUUGGUUGCACAAAUUCUUAAAGAUUAUGAGAGUGAUGAAGAAGUUAACAAACAGUUGGAUAGAAUGGGAUAUAAUAUUGGAUUACGAUUGAUUGAAGAUUAUUUGGCCAGAACAACUGUUGGAAAAUGCUAUGAUUUUAGAGAUACAGCUGACAAAAUUCAGAUGGCCUUUAAGAUGUAUCUUGGUAUAACACCAGCCAUUACUAAUUGGGGACCUGCUGGAGAUGAAUUCUCUCUCAUUAUUGACAACAAUCCUCUGACAGAAUUUGUUGAAUUACCAGAGAAGCAUGGAAAUUUAAAAUAUUCCAAUAUUCUGGUUGGUGUGAUUAGAGGAGCUCUAGAAAUGGUUCAGAUGGAAGUGGCAGCAUGGUUCGUGCAAGAUACCCUCAAGGGAGAUAAUGUCACGGAACUGAGGAUCAAAUUUGUACGUCGAUUAGAAGAUGCCAUUCCAGCAGGUGAAGAUUAAUUGUAUAUAAGUUGACACCGUGAUACAUUGUAUAUGUUGUAUGUAUCUAGCUGAUUAAAUAUUAUAUAUAAUCAUCAAUUGAUGUAUUUGAUUUAUCAAAGUGAUUUAUCCUCUUAUUUAUGGUUUAAAUAUGAUUUAUAUUUUGAUAUUUUACACAUGAAAUAUAUGUUGUAUAUU